GAUGUGUACUCUACCGGGAGCAACGUUCCUCCUUCCCGAUCUGUGAGCCAGCUGCAUCUUGUGUGGCUGUUUCGGCCAUGGAUUCAACCUUUAGCAGUCGCGAAACCUGUUUGACACUGAGCUAAUAGUGUGUAAUAACCGCUUUAAGGAGCUGUAGCCACGCUGGUUACAUAUUUGGGAUCUGAGGUGCUGAACGGUGAAUGAAUAGAGGAAAGAAGGUGAAGCGUUGUGAAAAGAAAGAGGGCAUCACGAAAAGUUGUUGGACUGUGAGCAUGAUGGCUGUUGAUGGCCUGUGGGACAACACAGAGGUGGUGGAGAUGGGGGACGUGCCAUCUCAGUUCUUUGUGGAAAAACACUCUUGGGAGGGCCUGCGUGACAUCAUCCACUGUAGCAGGAAAUACUCGGGAAUGAUUGCCAACAAGGCCCCCCAUGACUUCCAGUUUGUGCAGAAGACUGAUGAGAACGGGCCCCACUCCCACCGGUUGUAUUACCUUGGAAUGCCUUACGGAAGCAGAGAGAACUCCUUACUCUACUCAGAAAUCCCCAAGAAGGUCCGGAAGGAGGCGCUCUUAGUGUUGUCAUGGAAACAGAUGCUCGAUCACUUCCAGGCGACUCCGCACCAAGGGGCUUACUCUCGAGAGGAGGAGCUGCUGAGAGAGCGGAAGCGUUUGGGAGCGUUUGGGAUCACGUCGUACGACUACCACUAUAAGAUGGGCCUGUUCCUGUUCCAGGCCAGCAAUAGUCUCUUCUACUGUCAAGAUGGAGGCAACAACGGCUUCAUUCAGUCUGCCCCAGUAAAACCAGUGGAGAUAAAGAGCCAGUGCUCAGGCACCCGCAUGGACCCCAAGAUCUGCCCCGGACACCCGGAUUUUAUAGCCUUCAUUAACAACAAUGACCUGUGGAUAGCCAACAUCAAGACGGGAGAGGAGCGCAGGCUGACAUACUGCCACAAAGGUUUGGACAAUGUCAAAGAGGACCCUAGGUCUGCAGGUGUAGCAACGUUCGUCAUCCAGGAGGAGUUUGACCGUUUCACUGGUUACUGGUGGAGUCCGUCUGCAGCAGCAGAUCCUGAUGGAGGGAAAACGUUGCACCUUCUGUAUGAGGAGGUGGAUGAGACCGAAGUAGAAAUUAUUCACGUUCCGUCUCCAGCUCUGGAGGAGAGGAAAGCAGAUGCGUACCGAUAUCCUCGCACAGGUAGUAAAAAUCCCCAGGCUACUCUUAAACUGGCAGAGAUCAAGACAGACCAUCAAGGAAAAAUCAUUAGCACACAAGAUAAAGAGCUGGUCGUCCCAUUUAGCACCUUGUUUCCUAGAACAGAAUACAUGGCCAGAGCAGGAUGGACGAUAGACGGAAAAUACGGUUGGGCAGUGCUGUUGGACCGCAGCCAGAAGAAGCUGCAGCUUGUUCUGCUGCCUCCAGCGCUCUUCAUCCCCAUCACAGAAGACUCUACCCUGAGGCAGGACAGUCUGGAGGCUGUGCCCAGCUGCACUCAGCCAUACAUCAUCUAUGAGGAGACCACUGAUGUCUGGAUAAAUGUUCAUGAUAUAUUCUAUCCUUUUAUUCAAACAACAGAAGAUGAGUUUACUUUCAUUUGGGUAAAUGAGUCUAAAACAGGCUUCAGCCACCUCUAUAAAAUCACCUCACUGUUACAGCCAGGCUGCCACCACUGGGCAGAGGAAUACCAUCAUGUGGAGGGAAAUUUUAAAUGUGCAAUCAAGGAGGAGGUUACGUUGACCAGCGGAGAAUGGGAAGUUCUGUCCAGACAUGGUUCAAAGAUCUGGGUGAAUGAAGGAACCAAGCUGGUAUAUUUCCAGGGCACCAGGGACACGCCGUUGGAGCACCACCUGUAUGUGGUCAGCUAUGAGUCUCCAGGCGACGUGGUCAGACUAACCAAACCUGGAUUCUCUCACUGCUGCUCUGUUAGUCAGAACUUUGACUUUUUCGUGAGCCACUACAGUAACGUGAGCACACCUCCAUGUGUUCACUUGUACAAGUUGACCAGCUUAGAAGAUGACCCCCUCCGAGUGGUUCCAGAGUUCUGGGCCAGCUUGAUGGAGCCACCAGGUUGCCCUGGAGAUUACAACCCACCGGAGAUUUUUGACUUUCCGGGGAAGUCAGGCUUCCAGCUGUAUGGGAUGGUGUACAAACCUCACAACCUGCAGCCUGGCAGAAAACACCCAACUGUUCUGUUCGUGUAUGGUGGCCCUCAGGUGCAGCUGGUUAACAACUCUUUCAAGGGGAUGAAGUACCUCCGUCUCAACACGCUGGCUUCUCUUGGCUAUGCUGUGGUUGUUAUUGAUGGGAGGGGCUCCUGUCAGAGGGGCCUGGAAUUUGAAGGAGCUCUGAAAAACAAAAUGGGUCAGGUGGAGAUAGAGGACCAGGUGGAGGGUCUGCAGUACGUGGCUGAGAAGUUUAACUUUGUAGACCUGAGUCGUGUUGCCAUUCAUGGUUGGUCGUAUGGCGGCUUUCUCUCUCUGAUGGGCCUCAUCCAACGACCCAACAUCUUCAAGUUGGCUAUCGCUGGCGCCCCGGUGACCGUGUGGAUGGCCUACGACACGGGCUACACUGAGCGCUACAUGGAUGUGCCUGAGAACAACCAGCAGGGCUAUGAAGAGGGCUCAGUGGCUCUGCAUGUGGACAAGCUGCCUAGCGAGCCCAACCGUUUGCUGAUCCUCCACGGCUUUUUAGAUGAGAAUGUGCACUUUUUUCACACCAACUUCCUGGUAUCCCAGAUAAUCCGAGCUGGGAAGCCCUACCAGCUUCAGGUCUACCCCAACGAGCGGCACAGCAUUCGCUGCCCUGAGUCUGGGGAGCACUACGAGAUCAUGCUGCUGCACUUUCUACAACAAUACCUCUAAAGCCAGAGUGGGGGCCUCCAGAUCACCCGGUCUUUAUUUUCUGUGUCCUCCUGUUGCCAGUUUGUCACACAGCAUCAGCAGCAGCAGCCAUGUUUCUCAUGUUGUUUCAUUCUGCACCUCUACUGUUUUUCUCCCCUGUCCUCCUGUGCCAGUAGGACUGAGCGUCUAGUCCAACCUUCAAGUAGAACAAUCAGCAAUUUGGGUCACACUAAGUCACAUUUCCCAGCCCAACGUGGUUUUUUUCCCCCGCCCCCGCUCAGCAGUAGGAAGUGGGAUGCAAAUGGAAUCUCUACAAGUAUUUACUGGCAUGAACUCUCACACCGCACAUACACACAUCCCACUUCCUUUUCCACAUACACACACUCAUUUUGACUAAGGAACAUGCAGUCUCAAUAACACCAGAGAAAAGAAGAAGAUCGAUGCUCUUCCUGUGUCCACCUGUUUUAACUAUUUGUUAUUUAGAAUAAAAUAUUUUUAUGAAUUUUUAUUCUUUUUUUUCUAACUGCCAACUGAUGGAAGCUACUCGUUGAUACCUUUGUCUCCUCACAUUAUGUUGCUAAAGAUGUCUGCUUGCCUUCUCUAUAUAUAAUUUAUAUUUGCCAAAAGUACCUCUUGACUCUUGAUCAUGCUGGUUUUUUUUUUUUUUUUUUUUUUUUUUUUUUACUGCAAUAAAGACAACAGGAGGGAGGGCAGCAGAGUCUUACAGCAGCUUUGUACCACCUGAAAUCCAGUUUGUACAUGACGAUGAAUAAAUGAAUGAAUGGGUCA